AUGUGGGAUUGUGUGUGUGUGUGAUUGCAUCGGGGGAGGGACAGGACUGUUUUUGUUGUGAGUGAAAGCAGUGUUGGGAUGGGUUAGAGCUUCUUGGACUCUUAGGACUAAUUUUCCAAGCUAUUGCAGACUUUCUGGGAUUGUCUGCCAUGGAGGGUGUGAAUGUCCUCAAGAUUUUGACCAAUAUGACUGACAUAAUAAGAUCUGCUUCCCAGGGCUGUGAUAAUGGGGCUCUCAUGGAUCACUUUGGUGUCCUUAUCCAAGGCGUGCUGGCAGUGGUGGCAUUUAGCACAUUAAUGUUAAAGCGUUGCAGAGAACCAAAGGAAGAGAGACGUCCAUGGAAAAUUUGGUUUUAUGAUACUUCUAAACAAGCUAUCGGUGCUCUGUUCAUUCAUUUUACAAACGUCUUUCUCUCAGACUUGACUGAAGAGGAUCCCUGCUCAUUAUACCUUAUGCAUUUUCUACUUGAUGCUACUCUUGGCAUGUUGGUCAUCUGGAGUUGUGUGAAGAUGGUGUCAGUGAUCAUAGAAAAACAACAGUACACACUACUAGUAUUUGGGGAAUAUGGGGAUCCUCCACAAGCUGCGGCCUGGCUGGGGCAAUGUGUACUGUAUCUUAUAAUAAUGAUUGUGGAGAAGACCGUAAUAACUCUUGUUCUGCUGAUCCCUGGAUGGACAAAGCUUCAGACGAUUUUAUUGAACCACAUUCCAAACCCACAGCUGGAGCUUGUCCUUGUUAUGCUGGUGGUACCAUUUAUAGUCAAUGCUAUAAUGUUUUGGGUGGUUGACAGUUUAAUAAUGAGGAAGUACAAGAAAAUGAAAAAGGACAAUAGUUUAGAAAACACUUCAAACUCAAACAGAACUUCUAUGUAUGAUGAUGAAACACAGGUAUUGCUUGGUUCUAUCUCUGACCACUACCGCUCUUAUGAGUAGAAACCCUGUUAAACUGCACAUGAAUACUCGGAAAGUCUGAUGGAAAUGUCAAGCUUCAUAAGAAACUUCAAACAGCACACAGCAUUACUUUGAUACACUGUGUUACUCUAUCUUGGUAGUUUCUGAUAUUUAUUUCUCUCAAAGCUAUGUAAGUUACACAUACGCAGAUUAAACUAUAAGCAAACAAAGAUUAGUUUACCAAUAUUAAAUAUACAUUAUGCAGUUAA